GAAAUAUGAAUGGUCAUCUUGGAACGAGAAGGAGCUAGCAUUGCCCACUCAGUCGCCCUACCCACAAAAGUAGAAGAUAAAAACAGAAGUUUGAGCACUGCUUAGUUUCGGUUCACUCCCAAGAAUAGCAGCCUCCAUGGCCCUUGCUCAAGUCUCUGCUUCUUUCUCCGUCUCUAUACGCGAUGUUUGUGCUUUCAGCUCACUCAAAUCCUCUCCUUCUCGUCGUUUUCCCCGAUCCAAUUUCGUUCCCAGAGGAACUUCCUUUGCCUCUGGUUCCCCUCUGUUGAUUCGAAGAAGUUAUGCAAGGCAGCCUGCUUGCAAAGCAAUGCCUGUUUCAAUAAGGUGUGAACAAAGUACCCAAGGAGGGAACAGUUUGGAUGUGUGGUUAGGCCGGGCAGCUAUGGUUGGCUUUGCAGUGGCCAUUACUGUUGAAAUUGCUACAGGGAAGGGACUCCUUGAGAACUUUGGGCUCACCGCUCCGCUGCCUACAGUUGCCUUGGGAGUGACAGCCUUGGUUGGUGUUCUGACUGCAAUUUUCAUCUUCCAAUCAGCCUCAAAGAACUAUUUUGAAGAUUGCACGUUGAAGAUAAAUUCUCACUUUAUUCCUAACUUGCAUUGGGAAUCGAGUAAUCUUUCACCUCAGAAUUUUCUUCCUCUCAUGGGUACGAUCAUAUCUCGACUUGGAAAGAGGUUCUUCCUGCACAAGUGUGAAUUGAAGAUUCUGAUACUGGGUCUUGAUUUUUCUGGCAAGACCACCAUUCUCUACAAGCUCAAACUGGGGCAAACCCUCAGAUCCAUACCCACCAUCGGUUUUAACGUAGAGUGUGUGGAGUACAAAAACUUUCGCAUUACUGUCUGGGAUGUUGGAGGACAGAACAAGAUUCGACCUUUAUGGAGACAUUACUUGCACAAUACACAUGGACUGGUCUUUGUGGUGGACAGCCAUGACAAACGAAGAAUCUCGGAAGCUCGCUGUGAACUGCAUAAUAUUCUUAGUGAUUUUGAACUCCGCAAUGCCACACUUCUUGUGUUGGCCAGCAAGCAAGACGUUGAAGGUGCCAUGACUGUUAAUGAGGUCGCUGAUAAACUCGGCCUGCACUGUCUUCGACGUCGUACUUGGUACAUUCAGAGUGCUUCAGGAAUCUCUGGGCAAGGCCUCUAUCAAGGUCUUCAUUGGCUCUUCAACAAUGUACAAUUCUGCUGUGGGCCAUGACCCCACACUAAUUAUCACAAAUGUUCUGUUAUGUUUUUUCCCUUUAUACGACAAGCCUUCGAUAUAUGGAUUUCA